AUGGCGGCAAACACCGGGAAACUUGCUGGCAAAACCGUGUUCAUCACUGGUGCUAGUCGAGGCAUUGGCAAAGCCAUCGCUUUGAAAGUUGCAAAAGAUGGAGCAAAUGUUGUUAUUGCUGCAAAAACAGCAGAAGCCCAUCCAAAGUUGCCAGGAACUAUAUAUACCGCAGCUGAAGAGGUGAACAAAGCUGGAGGAAAUGCAUUUCCAUGUAUAGUUGACAUCAGAUCGGAGGAACAGGUGCGGGAAGCAGUUAAACAGACUGUAGCCAAAUUUGGAGGCAUAGACAUCCUUAUCAACAACGCCAGUGCCAUUUCCCUCACAGGGACUUUGGCAACUCCCAUGAAGAAGUACGACUUGAUGAACACCAUAAAUGCCAGAGGAACCUUCUUAUGCUCACAGGUCUGUCUGCCACAUUUGCUCAAGGGCAGCAACCCUCACAUUCUCAACAUAAGUCCACCAUUGAAUAUGUCUCCCAAGUGGUUCAGUGGUCAUGUCGCAUACACCAUGGCAAAGUAUGGUAUGUCCAUGUGUGUCCUCGGCAUGGCUGAAGAAUUCCGUCCAGAUGGAGUAGCAGUUAAUGCUCUAUGGCCUAGGACAGCUAUUUGGACAGCAGCAAUGGAGAUGCUUGGUAGUGGAGAUGUUAAAGAACAGUGUCGGACGGUGGAUAUCGUUAGUGAUGCUGCUUAUGUUAUCCUAACUCGCGACAGCAAAGAGUUCUCUGGCAAUUUCUGUAUAGACGAUGAAGUUCUACAUUCUGUAGGUGUUACCGAUUUGGAGCAGUAUGCAUGCGUACCAGGCAGCAAGCUUUUGCCAGAUUUUUUCUUGGAUGUCGGACCAGAAGAAUUAGGGCGGCAGUUGAAAGGUGGAAAGUCUGCGCCAGAAAAAGCCGGUAAUAAUGCAUCGGCUUCAAGUGUUGGAGGGACCUUUGCAGCCAUUCAAGCUAAUUUAUCCGAGUCGCUGGUGAAGAACAUAGGUGCCAGCUACCAGUUUAAUCUGUCAGGAGCUGAAGAAGGAACAUGGCACCUGAACAUGAAGGCAGGGACAGGGUCUGCAGGUCAAGGCAGCAUGGACAACCCUGACUGUACCAUGAGCUUGGACAGCCAGCUGUUCCUAGACAUGUUCUCUGGGAAAGCCAGCGCCACAACGUCAUAUAUGGCUGGAAAACUGAAGAUUUCUGGGGACAUGGGCGCGGCCAUGAAGUUGGAAAAAUUAAUGAAACAGCUGAAGUCUAAGUUAUAA